AUGCCGGCCGAAGCCACUGGCGCGGGCAAUGCGCCCGCCCAGCGCGAGGAAGGGGGCAAGUCGAUGAUGUACACCAUCUUCCAGAUGGUGGCCAUGUAUGCCGGCAUGCAGUUCCUCAUGAAGCAGUUCAUGCCCCAGAAGCCGCAGACGGCCACCACCCAGGACGCCUCGGGCAACGUCGUGCAGGUCCCCGCGAACACCGCAGACAUCCCGGCAUAUCUGCUCCGCCCGCAGCAGCUCGACGAGGGCGCCCAGUACAACCCCAUCCCUCAGCGCCUCGCUCCCAUGUGGCCCGACGACAGCAAGGUCGACAUCGUCAUCACCGUCUCGCCCUCCGUCGUCCCCGCCCCCUGGUCCAACGGACCGGCCGACCCGGUCGUGUUCGACGAGAAGAGCUUUGGCAUUGGCAACUGGAGCGACAGGCGCGCCUUCGACACCACCAUCGAGGUGCCCAAGGAGGUGCAGAACAACGGCACGCUCUGGGGCCACUUCUACAUUGGUCUCGCCGGCAGCAACAUGGAUCCCACCAGCUCGGGCUUUGAUCCUGCCAAGGCCUGCUACUUUGGCUACCCCCUGACGCAGUACAUCCCCAAGAAGAAGGUCGCCAAGACUCGGAACCUGCUCGAGAGCAGAAACGAGACCGAGGCGCAGGAGGCCGGGAAGGAGCAGGAAGACCAGGCCGCGGGCCCCAUCAUUGCCAACUACUACCACCCCAACACCAGCCUGUCCUUCAUCCCCGGCGCCGGCGUCGUGCAGUACCCCCAGACUCACCCCGCCGUGCGCCAGUUCAUCCACCUCGAGCCCACCGGCGCCCGCGACGGCUCCGGCCAGAACUCGUGGUACUACCCCAUCCUGUUCGUCAACACCUUCUGGCAGCUCAACUCGCACAUGACUCUGCUGAACGACACCGUGACCUCGCUGCCCCUGCACAUCGACCUGAACAACAUGGCCGAGUGGAAGUUCAAGAUCAUGGCCUCCAUCGAGGCCAGCGGACGCGAGACCGCCCGCCAGGCCGCCUUUGGCGGCUCUACCCCCGGUGGCGGCGACGGCAGCGAGAUCCAGAUGAUCAAGGAGAUCUUCCUCGACACCAACCCCAUCCUGCUCGGUGUCACGGCGUUUGCCACCGUGGCCCACUUGAUCCUCGAGACCCUGGCCUUUGGCUCGGACAUUGCCCACUACCGCAAGAAGAAGGACAACGUCGGCAUCUCGGUCCGCUCCAUCCUCGCCAACGUCUUCAUGCAGACCAUCAUCUUCCUCUACCUGUUGGACAACUCGCAGAACACCUCGUGGAUGAUCCUCGGCCAGCAGGUGGUCGGCAUCCUCAUCGAGCUCUGGAAGGUGACCACCGUCGUCAACAUCCGCCUCCGGCCGGCGCCGCCGGGGUCGCUGGUGCCCUACCGCGUCAGCUUCGAGGACAAGCACAAGCUCAGCGAGACCGAGGAGAAGACCAAGGAGUACGACGAGAUCGCCUUCAAGUACAUGUACAUGGCCGGCGUGCCCCUGCUCGUCGCCUACGCCGUCUACUCGCUCUACUACGACACCCACAAGUCGUGGUACAGCUACGUCAUCACGACGCUCGUCGGCUCCGUCUACGCCUACGGCUUCCUCAUGAUGGUGCCCUCGCUCUACAUCAACUACCGCCUCAAGAGCGUCGCCCACAUGCCCGCCAAGGCCAUGAUGUACAAGUUCCUCAACACCUUCAUCGACGACCUCUUCGCCUUCACCAUCAAGAUGCCCGUCCUGCACCGCCUCGCCACCUUCCGCGACGACGUCAUCUUCUUUGUGUACCUCUACCAGCGCUGGGCCUACAAGAUUGACUACAGCCGCGUCAACGAGUUUGGCCAGGGCGGCGAGGACGAGGACGAGGCGGUCGAGAAGGAGGCCGAGAAGACGAAGGAGAAGAAUAACGAGCCGGCGGCGAUCGAGCCCAAGAGGGUUGGUGCUGCGGGCCAGAAGGCCACGGGCGCCAGUGCCGGCUCUGGUGCUACCAAGAGAAAGUGA